GAACACUUCGAAAACGACAGCCCGUUUCAUCAAAUAGAACCGUGGAGACCUUGACGACGUAGAGCGCAAGCAAAUCCCUGAAAAGGGGGAAAAUCGCGACGUAUAUAAAUUAGGGUUUUUCAAAAUCAGAUAUAGACGGAACGGAACAGUGAAUUUAAGAUUUGGGACUUGAUGGGUACGGAAGAAGGAGCGCAUGGAAAGGUAACAAAGGUGGUAUCUUUGAUCGAGAAGGCCACCAACUCCACCGCGCCGGAGGUCGAUCCCCGCCUCCUCAAGGCUAUCAAGACGGUGGUUCGCUAUUCCGAUUCGGAGCUCCGCCUCGCCACCCAAACCCUUAUGGAUCUCAUGAAGCGUGACCACUCUCAGGUUAGGUACCUUGCGCUUCUAAUAAUUGACGAGCUCUUCAUGCGUUCAAAGCUUUUUAGGACCCUUGUUGUUGAGAACUUGGAUCAGUUACUGAGUUUGAGUGUUGGGUUCAGGCGAAAUUUGCCGCUUCCUGCUCCACCAGCUGUUGCUUCUGUUUUGCGAUCGAAGGCCAUUGAAUUUUUGGAGAAGUGGAAUGUGACGUUUGGGGUACAUUAUAGACAGCUCAGAUUGGGUUAUGAUUACCUGAAGAAUACUCUCAGGCUCCAAUUUCCUAACAUACAAGCUAAUGUGGAGAGGGUUCAGCAAGAGAGAAGGGAAAGGGAGAGGAGGUCAAAAGAGAUUUUAUUGAACAAGUAUGAAUCUUUGAAGGAGAAUUCAUCUUCAAUAAAGGGAGGGAUUCUUUCUACGAUGGACGAGAUUGAUGAGUGUUUGGAGAUUUUGCAUGCAAAACAGGAGUCUGUGUCGGAUGAUAUCUUAGAUGAUGAAGAACUUGGUGACUUCCGUUCUUUGGAACUGCAGCAACUUCGUCUUGAAGCAUUGAAAGAAGGGGAGAAAGUUUAUGAGGACAAUGAUAACAAGGUAGUUUUUGAAACAUUGAGGGAGCUGUACAAACUUCUGGUCACAAAGCAUUUGGUUUCCAUCCAAGAGUGGAUUUCUGUUCUUGUAAGAGUUGAAGUAGCCGACAAUAGAUUCAGAGAUUCCUUUUUGAAAGAGUUCAUUGAUAUCCGAAAUCGUCUGAAAUCAGUUAAAAAUACAUGUGAAAAGGCUGGUUGUUCUCUUUUAAACUCAUCAAAACAUGACGAGGAAGAUUUUUGGGAGGAGGGUAAUGUUGUAUCUAUGGAAAUCUCAUCUAGUGCAUCCAACAAUAAAAAAAAACAUCUUGGCGUGGCAUCAACUUCCCAUAAAAUGAAUAAUGAUAGUCUUGGUUUGCACAAUAAAGAGUCUGAUGACUCUGGUACAGACAGCCUGCUUCAUCGAGGACGUGAAGUUGAGUCAAACACUCCAAGGAGUAAACUUAAAGCCGAAGCUCCUGUGGUACGAUGGAGUUCUUACUUGGAUAACUGGGGUUCAAACACGGUUUUUAUGGCUAAUCAGCGGGGUUUGGAGCUUGAAAGUCACUGGGGUAGGGUGGACAACGAUGCAGUUAUUCCAGCAGAUAAAAUUGCCGAAUUGAAUGUUCAUGCAAUGCCUUAUGAAGAAAAGGAAAUUGAGAUCCAACCAUGCUUGGCUCCUUUGAGGAAAGGAGGAUUAUGUCAGAGAAGAGAUCUGAAAGUUUGUCCAUUUCAUGGAUCUAUCAUUCCUCGAGAUGAUGAAGGGAGGCCACUCAAUGAGAAUUCUUCAGAUGGCAUGAAUAUUGAUUUAAGGACUGAUUUAGUAGAGCAGUUAGCAAAACAAGCGGUGAAAAAUGUUCGUGAAAGAGAUCAAGAGGUGGCAAGGAAGAGGGAAAUUGAUGAACAGUCACUGAAACGUGCAAAACUAGCUAAAGUUCGGGAACACAAUGAAGCUGUUUUACGGGAUGCUGCUUUGGCUUCUACAUCAAGAUCAGCCAUGCUUGGAGAAGAUGGGGAGGCAACUAAUGAAGAUAAACUGUCUGCCAGAGACAAGAAGCAAAGUCUCGCUUCCAUGCUGCGAAAGAAAGUAACAUCAAAAGAUAGAAUAGCUCAGAAACUUUUAAGUUCACGGGCAAGGGUUACUGCAGAUAGGCAGCAUGUGUCAUGUGAAGAUGCCAAAUAUAGAGAAGCCUUCCCAAAUCAAUGGUGAACUGGGUAUAAUCUUUGUUGAGCUUGUUUGAUUUCUCUGAACUCUGAACCAUACUUCAGAAUCAACUGUAUUUUGGGUAAAACCUUGCCUGUGAGUCAGACUCAUAAGGUUGAUUAGUUGCAUUGAGUAAAACAAAACAAAUUACUCAUCUAUUCAUUUAUUUUUCUGCAUAGUUUUUUCUUUGUAGGCAGACUCAUAAGGACCAAUUUGGCUGCAAAGGAUGAAGGGAAGCAGCUGUUUGGCCAGUUUAUUAUUUUUAAAUUUAUUUCCAACAUUUUUUGUAAAAUAUUUAGCAUAUUGUAGGUGCCAGAGGAUUACAAGUUCGGCAAUGAUGCCAGAUUACAAUUUCACUUGGAUUUGUUAACCUUAAGUGCUUUGUAACAAGUCUUCAAUUCAUUAAUAUUUGUUACUAAAUGUCAAAAUCACCUAAAUGCACACAUUGACAUUGGA